AUGGACCUACUCAGGCUCGAACAGCAGCGCCAGGCACUCGAACAGCAGCUGCAGAUUCUGAGAACUUCACUUAAAUACUGGCAAACCUCCGAGGCCGAACUGGAAGGCUUCAAAGAAGAGAUUGAGACCCACUCGGACGACCUAGACCUGGAGACCCUCAGCAAGACUUACAACGGCGACAUCGUCAACGAAAAGGAAAUUCGCGACAUCGCUGGCCUCGACACGCCAUCGCCUCGGGGGGCUCAAGCAAUCCUUGGCGUUGUGGCACGACGUCAGGAGUACGUGCAGAAGAACAUCGAGACUGUCCAACGUCAGUUUUGGGAUGCCGAGGCCAAGCUCGAAGAACUUGACUUCAUCUCUGUCUCGUCCAACCGCGAUGGUGGUAAUAGCGGUAGCUUGCCCCUCACUGAGAUUCACGAGGAGCUUGAUGACGAUGGCAACGUGAUCUCUUCAAGCUUGUCCCAUCCCGAAGAUUCGACUGCCAAAAUUGUGGAUGCUUUGCGGCAAGCAGGUGUCUCUCAAACCGAAUUGAGCGACUCUGCAUCCAGCAAGUCUGCCAUCGAAGACACCGAUGAUGACGGCUCAGAAGGUGCUGCACCAUCCACCCUGCCGCCGGCCAUAGUCAACCUCGAUAAACGAGGCGACCUACCACAAACCAACGGUAACUCCACUGCGAAUGAUAUCGGACCAAAUCGCCCUCCCAUCCGUAAAAAGUCAGUCUCAUUCACAGCCGACACGAAGCCAUCACCAGAGCCAAUUCGACAGGAAUCAGAAGAUGGCAAGAAGACAGUCUCGUUCAACGACAAGAUUGCAGUCAUGCCAGCCGCACCACCAGCCGACACUCGUUCGGUUUCAUUCUCAACCCAGGUCGAAGAAAUACCAGCAGAGCCAGCACAAGUACCACCAGACGCUCAGGCAAACUCCACCACGGCCAUACAGAACGACUUUCGCGGAACGUUCAAACCAGGUGACAAAGUCCACGAACUCAACGACGAUGACGAUGUAGUCGGUGCGCACAUUGUCAUCCCGGAGCAUGAGUCGGAAGAAGAUGCACGAAUUCGAAGAGAGAUGCUGGACUACCACUUGCACGAGGUUGGCCAUGUCGUUGCGCAAAUGGACUUGGAUGAAGGUGAUAUGGAUGAGUACGAAUCUGCGUCCGCCUCCGACUUUGCCUCUUCAGAGUACCAGGACGAAGACACUCCGUACACUAGCGGCCUCUCAGAAUCCGAAGACGACAGCGAAGACGAAUUUGGUCGCACCAAGAAGCGUGUUGUAAGCGACGACUACCACAAGGAGAUGCAGGAGCUGGAGCGCAGACUUAUUGGCAAUAUGGGACCCACGCCUAGCGAACAGGAACUGACCGGUCUUGAUCCCGACCUCGAUACGGGCGAUGUCCGCCGUCUGGUCAUCCGCGAGAAGCGCAACUCCACUUCAAGUGUGGGCUCUGACGGCGAGAAGAAAACUGCUGGCAAGAAACGAGUCAGCUUUGCGGACGCUCUCGAUGUUGCGGAACCCAGCUCACCGCCACUCAAAGCGGCAAAGCAUGAGGAAGGCGAGAAUACAGCUCCUCUUGCAGACGUUGUCACAGAGCGUACCGCAUCGUUCGAAGGUCCUACUGCACAAGAGCGCAACACGUCUCGAUUCACGCAAGCUCGUACGGCACCCAUCUCGAAUGACUCGAAUUCCUCGGACGUUGUCAUGGAGGACGAAGCUUCUGGAGGACCGAUCAUGGCCGAUACUCUCGUGGAGCGUCCAACGCCAAAGCGUACCGACGCGCCCUCUGCCGAUGAGUCCGAUCCCAUUAUGCAGCGUAGGGAACUGGCAGCCGAGUACUACCGCCGUCGAAACGAGAUGAUCCGCCAGCAGGGUGGUUUCAAGGCCCCAGCCGACGAAGACGAGAUAGGCGAGUUGAUGGAGGAGCGCGACGGAAAAGUGAAGAAGGUCAGCAGAUUCAAGGCGGCGAGAAUACAGCCGUCGAGUAGUUAA